AUGCACCUUUCGAUGCGCCGCGCGUCGUCACUCAAUGUGCGAUCGAUUCUGCUUACAUCUCUGUUAUCGUCACCCCUAAUUCCGCGAGUCUCGGGAGCGAACGUGUUUUCGUACUUUCAGCUCAGCUCUUGCAAUGCAGGCACGGCAUUCUACCAAUACUCCGACCCUAACAACCUUGUCCACGACAUCAAUUGUCAUCAAGUCCCAAAUGGAACAGUGGCAAUGUACAUUGAUGAGCUUGAUGAAGGAUGCACUCUACGCACAUACACAUCAAAGACAUGCAGUCCCUCUGAACUAUCAGGUGUCCUCAUCACCCCCGGCACUUGCUUCUAUGCCGACCAUGCGAUUCAACUGGGGUCGUGGCGUGCAGACUGCAUAGGCGCCGAUUACUCGUUCACCAACGGCGACGAUACCGAAAAUUCGUGGACUAGUGACAGUGGCAGUGCGGAUGGGAUCGAGGAAGUCCUCGGCACUGCCACAGGUCCCGUGACCAUCACUGAGCAUCAAGCCGUGAUGACAAAGACAGUUGUUCCAGUUCGGGCCACCGAUACUGAUGACACGGUGACAAGUGCAACCAGCACAGCCAGCGACAAUGUUGCCGCAGUUGAAACGGGACAUGCUGAUGUCGACACCAUGAGCACCACCAGCCACCACAGUUCGAGCACGACUGGAAGCGCCUCGAGAAGCGCGAGUGCGGCUCAAUCCACCUCAACAGACAAUGCUGCAACAGCUGUGGUCAUGUUCAACACGUUCCUCAGUGGCUUAGGGUUGGCUGCGACGAUCUAUUUGAUGAAUUAA